AUGCCCCGCGGCGGAGUGGGCCCCACGAGCCAAGCGGGCGUUGGGAAGGAGCCAGCGGCGUGUCCAAGCGACACCGUGGAGCCCAGGGCAAAGAGGGCAAGAAAGGAGAGCGGCGAACCCAGCGCGGGCGAGGCGAAGGAGCGGAAAGAGAAGAAGGAGAAGAAGGACAAAAAGGGCAAGACAGGUGAUGCCCUCCAGGUCGCGCCGGUCAACCGAGAGCAGAGCCAGCAGGACGGCCUGGAGAGCAAGAAGGGCCAGAAGGACAAGCAGGGCAGAACGGGCAAGCGCGAGACGAACAAGAAAGACAAGAAGGCAAAGAGGGCGAAGACCGAGGGCGGCAGCCUCCCGCUGACCGCCGACGUGGACCUGGGCGACUCGGCGGCGUCGUCGGCGUCGGCAUCGGCGUCGGCGUCGUCGUCGUAA